CAGUGGCAGAAUCCCCGAGCGAGCGAGUGCACACGGCGGACACGAGAGUACCGCGACCGACCGACGGCUCUCCGCACGGACAUAACGGUUUCUUUUUGGCUCCUCUCCGCGCACACUACGAGAACUAACCCGGCCUGGUUUUUUAAGGGUUUAACACAUUCUUCUACUCACGAGGAGGAGGGAAACGUGGGAUUUGAGAUUUAAGUUUUUUUUUUCUUUUUUUUUUUUUUUACGUUUUUGUUCCUUUUCCCCCCCGAAAGAGGAUUCUGUGUUGUGCGUUUUAGCGGUGGUUUGUGUUUCGCUCUCGCCGCAAAGAUGAUGGUCGGAGAGGUGGAAGUGAAGGAGCGACCGAGGCCGAGUCCCGACUAUUUGAUGCAGUUGUUAAAUGAGAAGAAGCUCAUGACCAGCCUGCCAAACCUCUGCGGCAUCUUCACACACCUGGAGCGGCUUCUGGAUGAAGAGAUCAACAGAGUGCGUAAGGACAUGUACAGUGACUCUGUGAACGGCCUGGUGGAGAGACACCCGCUGGAGCUGCCCGACCCCACCGGCCCCAUCGUCCACCUGCAGGAGAAGCUGUUUGUGCCUGUCAAAGAGUACCCCGACUAUAACUUCGUGGGGAGAAUCCUGGGCCCGCGAGGACUCACGGCCAAACAGCUGGAGGCCGAGACGGGAUGCAAGAUCAUGGUGCGAGGCAAGAGCUCCAUGAGAGACAAGAAGAAGGAGGAGCAGAACCGAGGCAAACCCAACUGGGAGCACCUAAACGAGGACCUGCACGUUCUCAUCAGCGUGGAGGACACCCAGACCCGAGCCGAGAUCAAGAUGAGGAGAGCCGUGGAGGAGGUCAAGAAGCUGCUGGUGCCCUGCCGUAAGUCCGCUAUAAUACUCCCUACACUCCGCUGGGUUCGGGACUAACGGCGUCUUCGCGUU